UUUAUUUUGAAUAUAUAAUGCCUUAACUUCAACUCCAUUCUCAUACAUCUCUCAACUUCUUCAUUUUAACACUUUUGUUGGAUCCCUCUGCAACUGCAAUUAACCAUACCUUGCAUUUGGCGUUGCAUGCAAUAUAAGAAUCGAAGAAUUAAAGGUUAAGGAUGCAAUCUUCAAGCUCGCUAAAGAAAGAAUUUAUGAACAAAUGGAUAGAGGGUUUUCAUAUGUGUGUUUCUUCAAAGAAGCAUAUGAACAUCAUGGAGAAAACGAAGAAAAUAAAGCUUUCUGCAGAUAUUGCCAUGGCUUCUGCAAAAAGGACAGAAACCUUAUGGAGUAAUGCACUACUUUCCGACGCUAGGAAAAACGAAAAAGACAUGAUACUUGUGGACAAGAUGUUAGGUCCUGAAUCGCAGUUGAAGCUACUGAAGAACACAGAUAGAAUGAUCACGAGUUACCAUAAGAGGGUUCGAUGCAAGAAAAUCUUGAAAACAAGUCGUGAAAGUGCUGGUAAAAGAAUGAAAAAAGCUAUGAUGGGAAUUCCUCGAUCGAAUUUAGCUAUUAUUAUUGCAAAAAGAUUGGUGAAGAAAAAGACUAAAAUGCUUAAAAGACUUGUGCCAGGUGGACAGUCCAUGGAUGAAUUCUCCCUCAUCAAAGAAGCAUUAGACUACAUUCUUUCUCUUAAGGUACAGGUUGAUGUGAUGAGGAGUGUUGUUAAUGCAACUGAGGUUUUACGCCAUGAUAAAUUGCUGAAAUCAGUUGAAUAAAGAAAACAUACACCUUGAAAAAGAAAUCAUGUACAGGUAGCUAGGUAAUACAGCACCUCUAGUUGCUUAAUUUCUUUGUGUUCUUUUAUUUUUAUUUUUUACCAUGGUAUUGACAUAUUUCCCCUGAUUAAGUAGUC